ACUAAGGCGACGGGCUCGACGCCUCCCCGCUUCGGGAUGAAUUAGCGGCGGGUUCUUCUCGCAGGUUGUGACCCCCGUGGAGUCGCAGUCUAGUCCCAGUGUCCCCGCGACAACGCGCGUUUUCCCCCGGCGUAUCCCAGGUGCGCGGCCCGCGGUGUCAGAAUCAUGGUGUCAUGGAAGGGGAUUUACUUUAUAGCCUUCCUAUUUGCGGGAAGCUUUUUUGGAAGUAUUUUUAUGCUUGGUCCCAUUUUACCUUUGAUGUUUAUAAACCUGUCAUGGUAUCGCUGGAUUAGCAGCCGUCUUGUGGCUAUGUGGCUCACGCUUCCUGUGGCAUUGCUGGAGACCAUGUUUGGUGUCAAAGUAGUUAUAACAGGAGAUGCAUUUGUACCUGGAGAAAGGAGUGUCAUUAUCAUGAACCACCGGACGAGGGUGGACUGGAUGUUCCUGUGGAACUGUCUAAUGAGGUACAGCUACCUCAGACUGGAGAAGAUUUGCCUCAAAUCUAGUCUAAAAAGUGUUCCUGGAUUUGGCUGGGCCAUGCAAGUUGCUGCCUUUAUCUUUAUUCAUAGGAAAUGGAAGGAUGAUAAGAGUCAUUUUGAAGACAUGAUUGAUUAUUUUUGUGUCAUCCAUGAACCAGUACAACUUCUCAUCUUUCCAGAAGGAACUGACCUCACAGAAAAUAACAAGGCUAGAAGUAAUGAUUUUGCUGAGAAGAACGGACUUCAGAAAUAUGAGUAUGUCUUACACCCAAGAACCACUGGCUUUACUUUCGUGGUGGACCGUCUAAGAGAAGGUAAGAACCUGGAUGCUGUUCAUGACAUCACUGUGGCAUAUCCUUACAACAUUCCUCAAACUGAGAAACACCUUCUUCUUGGAGACUUUCCCAAGGAGAUCCACUUCCAUGUCCAGAGGUAUCCAGUCGACACUCUUCCCACAUCCAAGGAGGACCUUCAGCUCUGGUGCCACAAGAGGUGGGAAGAAAAGGAAGAGAGGCUUCGGUCCUUCUACCAAGGAGAAAAAAACUUUCACUUUACUGGGCAGAGCACAGUUCCACCUUGCAAGUCUGCUCUCAGAGUUCUUGUGGUCAAGCUGCUGUCCAUACUGUACUGGACCGUGUUCUGCUCUGCAAUGUGCCUGCUCAUCUAUCUGUACGGCCCUGUUCGGUGGUACUUCAUAAUCAGCAUUGUGUUCUUCGUGCUGCAGGAGAGAAUAUUUGGUGGACUGGAAAUCAUUGAACUUGCAUGUUACCGUUUUUUACACAAGCACCCACAUUUAAAUUCAAAGAAAAAUGAGUAAGACUGUGGUGUUCACCAUGUGAAAACCUAGGGUUGUCACAGGAAUGUCACAGUCUUCGUAAGCUGAGAUAAGUUUUGCAUGACUAUGUCAAAUGUUUCUUACUAUGAUUCUUUGUUAAAGAUAUUUUGCACUUAAAUUUGUAGGGGAAAUAUUGCUAUGGUUUCUUUAAAAUCUCUGAAUGUAAUUCCAAUGCUGAGUAUGUAGCAGGGUCAAUCGCUGUGACUAUCUAGGGCCGGAAUAUUAGAAACAAUCACCAAGCUGUUGAGGCAAGAUGGAAGCUUUUCUAAAAGACCAACCUGUUUCUGUCAGACUCUCAGCUCAGAGGCAGCCCUGGCACCAUGAGCACCAGCCCCAUUGUAUCUAAGCAGGUAGGAGACUACCUCCCCAUGGCGCACAGUCCAUUCUUUAAUUCUUUUACACCAUUCCAACCCAAAGGUGGAACUGUCUUGUCCUAAGCUGAUCACCAUUAAUAGGGAGCCCUUCAUCACUCUUAGCCUCUUGUGCUGAAUUAGACAGAAAAAGAACCCCUUCCUCACCUGGAGAUCACAUCCGCACUCAGCUCAGGGAGCACCUGCAGGCUCUCCAUUUGGCUGUUAAAAGACAGAAACUCACACUCAGUCCUGCCUUCCUGAUGGUUACCAGGUGUAACUUUGUCUUUAGCGUGUACUGGUACAUGUAAAGGCACAUUAGAAGAGCAUCUGUAUUUCAGACUGAAACUGGAAGGCGGGUGUCUGUCCUAUGCAUGCAGGGUGUCUACUUUGUGCCACUACAGCUACAACAAGCAUGCCUGCAGACAGGACAGUUUAGCUAAAGCUCCCAAGCCUUGGUAACUACUCUUAAAACCAAAAAUGCUAACUCAGAAUGAACUCUUUCAGUGAUAGCAAGGACACACUCUCUCUUUUUAGUCAUCUCCAACAGCUACAUUUAAACCAUACACUGACCAACUGUCUGCCGAAUGUGCCUCUCAUUUGGAAGCAGUGGAGGCAUAGUGAACCAGUAGCACCCAGUGUUCUGAGUAAGAGACUCCACUGAACUGCACACCCACAUCUAUGUCAUGUGAUUAGUGCAGGGACAGAGGCACAUAAGCUUCCCCCUGUGUCCGGCAGUCUCAACAGCUGUUGCUGCCCUGUGUACUCAGACAGUAAUCCACCCUUCCUAAUGAUGGCAGUGCACAUCUGUACCUGAUGGGGACUUGCUCAGCUUGCCACACACACCACACCGUCUGAGAAAGCCCUUCUGGAGACAGGACACUAUUAGCAUGUCAUGGUUAAGUCUGAUUUUGUUUGUUUGUUUGUUUUUUGUUUUGUUUUUUGGUGUUUGUGCACCUGUUAGUGGUGCACUAGAGAAACACAGCAGCCCAUGUUUAACUGCUCCAUCAAAGCUCGUGUUAUUCCUGCUGGGAACUUACUAGUUAGGAGCCGUGCAUGCUUGUUCUCAACACAGCUGUUUGACUCUCAUGUUUUUAAGGUUAAACACACACACACACACACACACACACACACACACACACACACCGUACAACCCCUCCCCACUUUUUUCUUUCCCUUAAUGAGAAAGGCGUCAAAUUUUAAGUUUCUCUGAGAUUUCCAUGGAUCACAUUUAAAUAGCAAUAUUUAUGCUGUUUAUGCAAAAUAGCAAUAAAUGGCAAUAGGUAGCAAUCAGAAUUGCAUUUGUCCUUCGGAUAAAAGGGAAAUGCUGGUGGCUUUGCCCACAGAGGCUGGGCUUGGUCAACAGUGCCGUCCAUCUCAUUGUGUUUCCUCAGACUCUGUCUCUUAUUCUUCCCUUCACCCUCUUCUGAUCAUAGAAAACAUUAAGGUAGAAAAUACCUUAAUUUACUUUAUCUAGCCCAAAUUCACAUUACUAAGUGUAGCACUAGAAUUAGAGGAUGUGACUACUCUACUUGCUUUAAAAGAAAUUUUUUCAAAAGGGGAAAAUACUCUUUUAAAUAAAAGUCUUAAAAUUAUAAU